CCCAACUCACCCAACCCAACUGAACAGCAUGUUUUGUGUUUCAGCCUCGAGUGACCCGAGUCGGACCGAGAGAAGACCAGUGACCACAAAAAAGCCUGCUACACAGGCCUCGAGUGAUCCGAGUUGGACCGAGGGGACACCAGUGGCGACCACAAAAAAGCCUGCUACACAGGCGACUCCAUCACCAGCAGACUGCUGCCGCCUCAUAAACGCCAGCAGGAGGGGGAAGCUGGAGGAAGUGAAGCGGCUCCUGUCUCUGGGCGUCGACGUCAAUUGUAGGGAAAGGCAGAGCAAGGCACCGGUGAUGAUAGCAGCAUGGGACACAGAGGCGUGGUGGAGCUCCUGGUGAGUAAACGAGCCGAUGUGUCACUGGUGGACAGGUUGGGUUACAACAUCCUUCACCUCGCCGGAGGAGGUGAAGCGGCACCUGUCUCUGGGCGUCGACGUCAAUUGUAGGGGAUGGAGGAACUGGACACCGUUGAUGUGGGCAGCAGGGUAUGGAAACAGUGACGUGGUGGAGCUCCUGGUGAGUAAAGGGGCCGAUGUGUCACUGGUGGACAGGUUGGGUUACAACAUCCUUCACCUCGCCGGAGGAGGUGAAGCGGCACCUGUCUCUGGGCGUCGACGUCAAUUGUAGGGGAUGGAGGAACUGGACACCGUUGAUGUGGGCAGCAGGGUAUGGAAACAGUGACGUGGUGGAGCUCCUGGUGAGUAAAGGGGCCGAUGUGUCACUGGUGGACAGGUUGGGUUACAACAUCCUUCACCUCGCCGGAGGAGGUGAAGCGGCACCUGUCUCUGGGCGUCGACGUCAAUUGUAGGGGAUGGAGGAACUGGACACCGUUGAUGUGGGCAGCAGGGUAUGGAAACAGUGACGUGGUGGAGCUCCUGGUGAGUAAAGGGGCCGAUGCGUCACUG